GAGACGCACCUCUGCGCUACAGACGGACAAACUUUACUAUGAAUAACUUUUGAAGAAAUAAUUUUGUAAAUAAACUUGUGUCAAGUGUAAAAUAUGAACUGAGUUCAGUGUUGUAGAAUUAAGGAUCAUCCGGAAAAGCCAAGAUGUCGAACAAGUCGCAAACUUUGAUGGACAUUUUCCAGGAGAUCCUAGCGGCAUCUGGUAACUCCAGCGACAGCAGAACCAUCAAUGAGACGAAGAUCCUGUCGGUGAUGAAGGAGCAGGCUUCGAAGGAGAAGAAUGAGGAUUUUGGAUCAGUCCUGGUGAAGGUAUUCAGUGAUGUCCAGAACAAGCUGAACCUUGGGCUGAAGCCGGAGACGUGUGGAUACUGCGAGGGUGACUUCCGAGAUGUGGUGGAGGCGUACAACAGGAUACACGGAUAUAUUAGUCUUAUAGUAUGUACAAUAGGCGUGCUGGCCAACACCAUGAAUGUAGCGGUGCUGACGCGGCGUGACAUGGCUGCGGCACCUAUCAACAGGCUGCUGAAGUGGCUGGCGGUGGCGGAUGUCUUCGUGAUGCUGGAGUACGUCCCUUUCUCCAUAUACAAGUAUCUGAUUCUGCCAGAGAAGCUGGACUUCCCGUACUCGUGGGCGAUGUAUCUGCUGUUCCACAUGCACUUUGCUCAGAUCCUGCACACCGCCUCCAUCUGCCUCACCCUGUCUCUCGCCAUCUGGAGAUAUAUCGCCAUCAAGUACUCAGACAGAAGCCAUAUUCUGUGCACGGAGCGGCGAUGCAGCAUUGCCAUACUGACGAGCUUUCUACUGCCUCCUAUACUCUGUAUACCUACGUUUAUGGUAUUUGACAUCCACACCAAAAACGUGACAGACGCGUAUGGCAACCCAGACAUCGCCUACCACGUAGACUCCGACAGCCAGGGAACGCUCUACCAAGUCAAUUUCUGGGUCCACGCCGUCCUCAUCAAACUGCUACCUUGCUCAAUACUCACCGUAAUAAGUAUGUGGCUCAUCCGAGCUCUAUACAGCGCGAAUCAGCACCAGAGGAAUUUACGGAACUACAGCACAUGCCCUGCAGCAGAGAAGAUGGUGAAGAGACAGCAUAAGGCAGACAAAAGAACGGACAGGACAACGAAGAUGCUGCUAGCUGUGCUCCUCUUGUUUCUAGUGACGGAGCUGCCUCAGGGCAUCCUUGGUUUGAUGAGCGGCCUCCUUGGGCUCUGCUUCUUCAAGAGAUGCUAUGGUCUGUUCGGGGAGCUGAUGGACUUCCUGGCGCUUCUGAAUGGAGCUAUCAACUUCGUGCUGUACUGCUCCAUGUCGCGGCAGUUCCGGCAGACCUUCAGACAGCUGGUGCUGCAGCAGAACCUCGCCCGGUUCAUGCCAACUACAGCAUCGCACUCCGAUUCACACAACCAGAAUACGGGGAAGACUUCUGUGCCGUGAGGUCGGCUCACUCAGCGGGUGCCCGCAGUGUGCGAACAUUUCCUAUGAAAUACAGCAUAUUACAUACUAUAUAGUAAUAAACUACAUACUAUACACUAGAUAAAAUACUAUACGUAGGCCGCGCGCCAUUAGAUCGCUUGGCAA